CAGGCUCCUUGCAGGGAGCAUGACAUGGGACUCAAUCCUGGGUCUCCAGGAUCAAGCUCUGGGCUGAAAGUGGCACUAAACCAGUGAGCCACCAGGGCUGCCCUGAAGGUGUCUUAAAGCAGAGGUCUCAGGUUGGGAACAGGUGUUGUUUUUUUCUUUUUUUAAAAAAAAUGAAGUAGACAUGUUCUUCUGGAAAAAGAAAUGGAGAGAGAGUUUGUGGUGUCAAAGAGAGGUAAAGCGCAAGAGUCUUAGGAAAAGGGAAAUUUCUCAUACAGGUGACUGGCUGGAGCACAUUCUAAAAACUGGGAUAAGGACUGCCUUGCAAAAGGGACCUUAUGGAGCAUUUAGAUCUCUCUAGAGUGGGGAGGGAUUAUAAUGGGCAGUAAAAUGGGAGCCAAUAUCUAUUGGCCAGUAACGACUGGGCCUCAUCCUAGGGCUGGCUUAUAAUAACUGUUCAUGAAAGGUUCUCCACUCAGCACUGAGGCCUUCCAGGCUUUACCUCAAGUGUAUUAUCUUCUAUAUUUGCUUAGUCCUUGCGAUUGGGUGGGAUUUGACUAUGCACAGGAUUGUGAACUGAAGAUGGAAAAUCAUUGGUCAUUUAAAAACUCUUUUCCCGCUUAAACCCCUGCUCAUUCCUUGUAGCCUGACUCGGACAUGGUCAACUCUGUGAUGGCCUGGUGGGACCCCUCAGCCCCUCCUCGGGCCUCCUGACUGCAUUCCACACAAGACCACCUUCUCUCCCGAUUCCUUGCUGUGCCAAACACAAAGACGAUGCUUAGUAAAAGUUUGCUAAGUGAAUGAGCUGAAUGGGGUUUUGCCUGGGCCAGGAUGAGUGCCUACAUCUUUGGCCUGGACACCUGCCUGGACACCUGAGGCUCACCAAGUGCCCCCCCACCUCCCGCCCCACCAGCACCAGGCAUGGGACUGCCGCUGGCUGGGAGCAGCAGCAGGACAGGGAGGAAGCUUGAUCUGCCCAGCAGGGCUUUUGAAGCCGCCUUGGAAGGGGACUUUGAGCUACAGGGAUAUGCCUUUGAGGCAGCAGAGGAGCAGCUGAGGCCACCUCGGACUGUGCGUGUGGGACUUGUUCAGAACAAAACUCCCCUGCCUGCAGAUGCCCCUGUGGCAAAACAGGUCACUGCCCUUCAUAGACGCGUAGAAGCCAUUGUAGAGGUGGCUGCAGUGUGCGGAGUGAACAUCAUCUGUUUCCAGGAAGCAUGGACUAUGCCCUUUGCUUUCUGUACAAGAGAGAAGCUUCCUUGGACGGAAUUUGCUGAGUCAGCCGAGGACGGACCCACCACCAGAUUCUGUCAGAAGCUGGCAAAGAAGCAUGACAUGGUGGUGGUAUCCCCCAUCCUGGAACGAGAUAGGGAGCAUGGGGACAUUUUGUGGAACACAGCCGUGGUAAUCUCCAAUUCUGGAGCAGUCCUGGGAAAGACUAGGAAAAACCACAUCCCCAGAGUGGGUGACUUCAAUGAGUCAACUUACUACAUGGAGGGAAACCUUGGACACCCGGUGUUCCAGACUCAGUUUGGGAAGAUUGCAGUGAACAUUUGCUAUGGGCGUCACCACCCUCUCAACUGGCUCAUGUACAGCAUCAACGGAGCUGAGAUCAUCUUCAACCCAUCAGCCACUAUCGGAGCACUCAGGUGUCUCAAUAGCGAGUCCCUGUGGCCAGUUGAGGCCAGAAACGCAGCCAUUGCGAAUCACUGCUUUACUUGCGCCAUCAACCGUGUAGGCCAGGAGCACUUUCCCAAUGAGUUUACCUCUGGAGAUGGGAAGAAAGCUCACCGGAACUUUGGCUACUUUUAUGGCUCGAGCUACGUGGCGGCCCCUGACAGCAGUCGCACUCCUGGGCUCUCCCGCAACAGGGACGGGCUGCUGGUGGCUGAGCUCGACCUGAACCUCUGCCGGCAGGUGAAUGACAUCUGGAACUUCAAGAUGACCGGCAGAUACGAGAUGUACGCUCAGGAGCUUGCAGAAGCCAUCAAACCCAACUACAGCCCCAAUAUCGUGAAAGAGUAGCUGGAUUUUAGCUCCUGCCUGCCAAGGAGGGCACCUCUGCCCCUAGCAGAUCUGCAAGUACAGCAGGCUUUACAUGUGCAAGUUCUCCCCGGUGAUAUCCUGGUAACAUUUCUGUCCACAUAGGUUUAAAAACACCUAGACAGGGGGGGAUGCCCUCAGCAGUUGAGCCUCUGCCUUGGGCUCAGGGCGUGAUCCUGGAGCCCCAGGAUCAAGUCCCACAUCGGGCUCCCUGCAUGGAGCAUGCUUCUCCCUCUGCCUAUGUCUCUACCUCUCUCCAUCUGUGUCUCUCAUGAAUAAAUAAAUAAAAUCUUUUUUAAAAAAAGAAAGAAAGGAAGAAAAAUGCCUAGAUAGGGAGGGUAUAUUGAAGAAUAACUGUCCAGUGGAUAUGAGUUUCCUUCCUGGAUGAUGAAAUCUUUUGGGCUUACACAGAAGUGUUGCUUACACAACAUUGUGAACGUGCUAAUGUAGAAUGCCACUCAAUUGUAUACUUUAAAAUGGCUAAAUUUAUGUCAUGUGAAUUUUACCUCCAUUAAAAAAAAAAAUCCGGGAUGCCUGGGUGGCUCAGUGGUUUAGCGCCUACCUUCAGCACAGGGCGUGAUCCUGGGGUCCUGGGAUUGAGUCCCACAUCAGGCUCCCAGCAUGGAGACUGCUUCUCCCUCAGCCUGUUGUCUGCCUUUCUCUAUGUGUGUGUGUCUCUCACGAAUGAAUAAGUAAAAUCUUAAAAAAAAGAAAAAAAUCCCAGGCACUUAAUGUGCUGGCUGAUUUGUAAUUAGACACAUAGGAUACCCCAGUCCUGAGAUUCCUCUCUUCCUGUUUAGACUGUCAGCAACCUGAGGGUAAAGGUGGGAGUGAGUAGGGGAAGCUGAGGCUGAUCCAGAGUCGAGCUACCGAGUGGCUGUGGGCAGGCGAGAUGGCCAUUAGAUGUGUCAACAUGUCUAGGCUGCAGUGUCCAGGUAUCAGUCAGAUGCUAAUCUGGAUGUUGCUAUGAAGGUAUUUUGUAGAUGUGAUUAAAGUCCAUAACCAGCUAACUGAGCAAGUGAGAUUAUCCUAGAUAAUCCAGGUAGGCCUGAUUCAAUCAGUCAGAAGGCCCUCAGGAGGAGAGCUGAGGCUUCACCAACAAAGACAAAAUUCUGCCUGUGGACAGCAGCUUCCCUGCGCCCCAACCCCCCACCCCCUGCCGCACGCCGCCCCAUGCCUUAGAGCUCUAGUUGGUCCUUCCUACAGAUUUCAGAUCUCACGACCCUGAGAUCACCACCUUACAGAUUUCAGACUUGUCCAUCCAGCCCCCGCAAUCACUUAAAUCAGUGCCUUGCAAUAAAUUUCUUAAUAUAUAUCCUACUGUUUCUGCUUUUGGUUAGACCUUCAUGAUACAGAUUCUCAUCCCGGAAGUGGCUCUAGAGGAACAGAAUCUUCAGGAUGAGUUUCCUGCAUUGGUGCUAGGUUUUCUGGAAUUCUUCUUUAAUUUGGUUGAAUUAAAGGCACUCACGGCUCUAUCUGCAGUGUUAAAGAGGAGGGCAUGGUAGCCAAUGGUGUGAUGUAGCAAUAGAGAUUUAUAGAGCAAGCAGACCAUCAGCCUGUGCCUGCAAGUCCCAGCCUGCCGUCCCUGGUGGCCUGUCCCUUCUGUGGUUUUUAGGCUUGGAUAAACAGCCUCCAUCAUCAUGUAAGGCAAUUCCUUGCACUGAAUCUCUCUAUAUUUAUAUAUAUACAUAUACAUCUAUAUGCAUGCAUAUGUAUGUGUGUAUAUAUAUAUAUACACAUAUAUAUAUACACACACAUGUAUGUAUCUUCUGCAUAUAUAAAUAUAUCUGUAUCCCCUUUUGAUUCUGCUUCUUUGAUUGAGCACUGACAGCCUGACUGACAGGGCGGGUUGCCCACCUCUCUGCCCCUUGGCUUCCACAUCUGUAAAGUGGGACCAUAUCCCUUCUUCUGCCUUAUGUCACAGGACAGUGGUGAGAGACAGACUAGAUGAACCAGGGGACUUCUGUGGGCUGUGUUCCUUGCACCACACAGCAGAAAUCCCACCUGUGCUGGGAGUGCCUGGGUGACUCAAUUGGUUGAGUCACCGACUCUUGGUUUCAGCUCAAGUCAUGAUCUUAGGGUGGUGAUCUCAAGGUUGUGAGAUCAAGCCCCGUGUCGGGUUUCAUGCUCAGUGGGGAGCCUGUUGAGACUCUCUCUCUCUCCCUCUGCCCUUCCGCUGCUUGCUCUCCCUAUCUCUCAAAUCAAUAGAUUUUUUUUUUUUAAGAGCCCCAACUCUGAAGUCUCAAACCUCCACAGUCAGCCACCGUGUUGGAGGUGGGAGUGGGAUCCUCAGGUUCUACCCUUCUUGUGUCCAGUUAGAGAAGGCAGCUCAUUCCUUCCCUGACCCAGCAGCUGAAAUGCAUGACCCAACCCCAUGUCAGGGCUGGGGUGCUCCCAGACAGCUACGUGGGGUGAAAAAACUGGUUGCAACUUCCUAGCUCCGCUUUAACCCCCUUAACCUCUCUGAGCUGCAGGCUUUUCACUUCAUGUAAAAACCCCUUUUGUAUUACUUUUUUCAUAGAAUCCAGCCCUGCAGAUACAGUGAGUUUUUCUGUCUGGCCUCCAGUGUCCACAGCCUUUGUGUUUGUGGUUUCUAAAAGGAGCAUGUAGUCAAUCUAAUACAGCAGCCAGCUUAGAUAACAAGAUAGUGCAUUUAUGAAAUAGGUACUAAUACACCAGAAAGGAUUUGAUCAUCCACGUCUCUCACUCACUGCCUAGAAUCAAAGUGUUCAGUUCUGCCUUAGAGUAGAUGGGCCCUAUACACAGGGAGUCAUUUGAGGGUUUAACUCAUGCCUGGAAUGUUUAGAUGCUCAGCAAACAUUUGUUGACUGAACCUAGGGUGGAAGUUUUUGUUUCUGUGUGAUUGUUGCUGAUGCCACAGAAGAUAAGUUGUAAUGGUUCAGUGUAUGGGGCCUAUGGCCCAUGGGUGGAGUCUUCUGACUCUCUGAGCCUGUUUUCUCACCUCUAAAAUGAGAGGUGACUGGGUUUGAGGUUUUCAGUUCUCUCCAGCUCUGCAGAGAGCAUUUCUGCCAGCCCACGGCUUUAUUGCUAGAAUCUGGGGUAUCAGGGGAGAGUGGUGCCAAGCCACAGUGUGCCCGGCAAGAAAAAAGGCAAAGACAUUCCAGGAUAGGCCACAUGUAAGGCCACAAAACAAGUCAUGAUAAAUAUUUAAAGAUUGAAAUCAUAGGAAAUCUCUUUUUUACUCACACUGGAAUGAAACUAGAAAUAAAUAGCAAAAGGAAAAUUCAAAAAUGUUUGAAAAUUAGACCACAUGUUCUUGAACAACCAACCAGUAGAUCAAAAAAAAAAAAAAUCACAAGGGGCAGUCCGGGUGGCUCAGCAGUUUAGCGCUGCCUUCAGCCCAUGGCCUUAUCCUGGAGACCUGGGAUCGAGUCCCAUGUCAGGCUCCCUGCAUGGAGCCUGCUUCUCCCUCUGCCUGUGUCUCUGCCCCUCUCUCUCUCUGUGUGUCUCUCAUGAAUAAAUAAAUUAAAAUCUUAAAAAAAAAAUCACAAGGAAAUUAGAAAAUGUUUUGGAACAAAUGAAAACAAAAACAAAACAUACCCAAACUUAUAGGAUGCAAGGAAAGCAAUGUGAAAUGGAAAUGUAUAACUAUAAACACUUACUAGAAGAGAAGAAGGCUGGCACCUGGCUGGCUCAGUCUGUACAGCAUGUGACUCUUGAUUUCAGGGUCAUGAAUUCAAGCUCCACAUUAGGCUUGGAGUUAACUUUUAAAAAAAUUAAAAUUAAAUACAUGAAAAUAAAAAUAAAGAAGGUUUCGAAUCAACAACUGAUUUUUACAUUUUUAAAAACGUUUUAUUUAUUUAUUUGGCAGAGAGAGAGAGAGAGAGCACAAGCAGGGGGAGGGGCAGAUGACAAGGGAGAAGCAGGCUCCCCGCUGAGCAGGGAGCCCAAUGUAGGGCUCCAUCCCAGUGUCCUGGGAUCAUGACCUGAGCCCAAGACAGACACUUAACAGACUGAGCCACACAGGAGCCCCCCAAAUUUUACAUCUCAAGGAACUGAAAAAAAGAAGAGCAAACUAAACCCAAGGUAACAGUAGAGAUGAAAUAAUGAAGAUUAGAGCACAGAGAAAUAAAAUAGAAAAUAGAGAAGGAAUAGAGAACAAUGAAACCAAAAGUUGGUUCUUCAAAAAAGAUCAACAAAAAUUGACAAACCUUUAGCAUGAUUGAGAAAAAGAGAAGAUUCAGGGCAGCCCGGGUGGCUCAGCAGUUUAGCGCCGCCUUCAGCCCAGGGCCUGAUCUUGGAGAUCCUGGAUCAAGUCCCACCUUAGGCAACCUGCAUGGAGCCUGCUUCUCCCUCUGCCUGUGUCUCUGCCUCUCUCUCUCUGUGUGUCUCUCAUGAAUAAAUAAAUAAAAUCUUUAAAAAAAAAAAGAAAAAAGAAAAAGAAGAUUCAGAUUAUUAAAAUCAGAAAUGAAAGUGGAGACAUCACUACAAUUUGAUAGAAAUAAAAAGGAUUAUUAAGAGUAUUAUGAACAAAUUGUUAGAGGAGCUCACCAAGAGCAUGGGAUUGCCGAUUGAUCCAUGAACUGGACCCAGGAAAUCAGAGGCUCCUUCCCUCCUCUGUCCUUGGAAUGUAUGUUCUGCUCACUGUUGCCACACUAGGAGCUACUUCAAGGACACAGCUUGAGAGAGUAAUUUAUUAUUUUUUAAAGAUUUUAUUUAUUUGAGCAAGAGAGAGAGAGAGCAUGAACAGAGGAGACAGGGAGAGGGAGAAACAGACUCGUCACUGAGCAGGGAGCCCAAUGCGGGACUGGGAUCAUGACCUGAGCUGAAGGCAGAUACUUAACUGACUGAGCCACCUAGGUGCCCCAAGAAAGUGAUGUAUUAUUAAGACCAUCUGGGCAGUGAAUGAACGCCGUUAAGAUUUCUGGUGAACUCUUAAGAUUCUGGUGGGUACAUGCAGAGAUCUACUUGUCUUGUGGCCACUCAAGAUGAGAGCCUCAAGCCUUGUAUGUAAGUGACCGUGCUCAUUAAAACUGCCACCUACCAAUCGGAGAGAUCUGCGUCUUUCUUUGGUCUCUCCUUGCCCUCCACAUAUGGGGGCCAGUUUCAGAUAUCACCUGAGGAUCUCCCACAUUUGCAAACCAACAUAGUUGUCUGCCAACACAUUGGAUUACCUAGAUGAAAUGGACAAAUUCCUAGAAACAUGAAACUACCAACCCUGAAUCAUGAAGAAAUAGGAAAUCUGAAUAGACCUAUAUCUAGUAAGGAGAUUUAAUGAGUAAUCAAAACCUUCCCUAGCAAAGGAAAGCACUGGACUUGGUGACUUCACUGGUAAAUUCUACCACACAUUUAGAAAAACCAGCACCAGGGCACCCAACUGACUCAGUCAGAAGAGCAUGCAACUUUGGAUCUCAGGGUCAUGAGUUCCAGCCCCACAUUGGGUGGGUGUAGAGAUCACUAACUAAUUAAAUAAACUAACUAAAUAAGCUUUAUUUAUUUAUUUUUAAAGGUUUUAUUUAUUCAUGAGAGACACAGAGAGAGAGGCAGAGACACAGGAAGAGGGAGAAGCAGGCUCCACACAGGGAGCCCAAUGUGGGACUUGAUACUGGGACUCCAGGAUCAUGCCCUGAGCCCAAGGCAGACACUCAACCGCUGAGUCACUCAGGUGCCCCAAUAAGUAAGCUUUAAAAAAAUAGAAAGAAAGAGGGAUCCCUGGGUGACACAGCGGUUUGGCGCCUGCCUUUGGCCCAGGGCGCGAUCCUGGAGACCCGGGAUCGAAUCCCACGUCGGGCUCCCAGUGCAUGGAGCCUGCUUUGCCCUCUGCCUGUGUCUCUGCCUCUAUCUCUCUCUCACUAUGUGCCUAUCAUAAAUAAAAAAAAUUAAAAAAAAAUUAAAAUAAAAAAAAAUAGAAAGAAAGAACUAAGCCAAUCCUUCUCAAAUGCUUCCAAAAAAUUGAAGAGGAGGAAAUGCUUAUUAACUCAUUGAGUCCAACAUUACAUUAACAUCAAAGCCAGGCAAAGACAUUGCAAAAAAAAUACCAAGACCACAGAGCAAUAUCCUUUAUGAAUAUUGAUGCAAAAAUCCUCAACAAAGCAUGGUUGACCCUUGAAUAAUGCAAGAGUUAGGGAUGAGCACCAACUCCCUACACAGUCAAAAAUCCAUGGAUAACUGUUAACUCCCCAAACCUUCAUUACUAACAGCCUACUGUUAUCAGAAACUUUACCAAUAACAUAAACAGUUGACUAAUACAUCUUCCAUAUGUUAUAUGUAUUACAUACUGUAUUUUUAUAAUAAAGUAAGCUAGAGAAAAGAAAAUAUUAAGAAAAUUAUCAGAAAAAAAAGGAAAAUACAGUACAGUACUAUAUAUAGAUAUAUAUAAAAAAAAAUCCCCCUGGACCUGUGUGGUCCAAACCUGUGUUGUUCAAGGAUCAACUGUACUAGUAAACUGAAUCCAUCAGCAUAUU